UUCAAUUGUAUGUUAUGUUUUUUUUAACCAUAUAAAAAUAAGCUAUAAUUACUAGAUACACUAUUUAGUUCCUAUUAGACCGUAAUAGUUAGGCUUAGUGUAUGACAAAUUGUUUCUUCCUUCCUUUAAAUAUUGUUUGAGGAUUUCUUUUGGUGUCGAGUACGAUAUGUCGUGUAAUAAUUGGUAAUGAUUUGAAUCUGAAUAGAAUCUCAGUUCAGUUAAUAAAUUUUUUCAUUGUAUUAGUUGUUAUUAGAGAUUUUGUAAGCUUAAUUUAUAAUGGUAGCUAAAUGGUUAAUGGUAAAAAGAGGAAUUAGUGAUGAGUGAUCAGGAAGAUGAAUCUCCCCUGGACCAUAUGGUCAUAGAAGUAAUUAAUGUUUCGCCCGAAGGGGCUUUCGUAUCUCAUCCGAGUGAUUUCGUUAUCGAGUGUCAAACUGUAGAUAUUGCAGAUUCCGAUAAAGAAGAGGGGAUGGCUUCACAAAAUACUAGUGACGGAAACUCUGACAAAACGCCUUGUUCAGGUAUUCGGUCCAAUACAGAUUCUCAGACCGAGAUAGAAAGUGUAUCUGAUCCUGACGAAGAAAAUGGAAAUGCAGCCAGUGUCAAAGAGUUGAACUCUGAUUUGUUAGUUCUAGAAAAUACAGGUAAUGUAAUUGUUAACCCUCAACCAUGGGAAAUUGUGACUAUUCAUAGUCCUGAAAAUAGAAAUGAAAAUAUAAUUCAUACUAGUGAAAUAUCUAUAGCUGAGAGUGAAACGUCUAAUCGUGAUCUGGUUAUUGAUUGCACCGAUUGGAAUAUGGAAAGUAAAUCCGAAUUGAACAGAAAAAGUAAUGAAGAUGAGUUUGUUAAAAAAAAAUGUAUAGGAAAUUUAUUUUUGGACCAUGUUAACUUUCAAGAAAAACAUAUAGAUUAUCAAAAUUAUCAGGAAUUGCCUGUCAAGAGAGUUGAAAUGGCUAACAACAAAUUAAAUAAAUCCAUUAAGAAACAUAUCUCUAAUAAUUUGCUAAUGAAAUGUAAGAGAGAAACAAAGAGACUCUGUAAUCGGAAUGGACCAAAUAUGCAACAGAAAAUGAAUGUAUUAAAGUCUUUAUCCAAAAAGUCUCGAUAUGCAAGAUCUCAUGUAAGAAACAAAAUAAAUUGUCAGAGUUACACUAGUGAAACUGUAAACGGUCAGAUGAAAAAUCUAAAAGUUCCAAGAGAGAAAAGCCCGCACGGUUAUUCAAGUAGUACGGAAAUUGUUUCAAAUAAUGAUUCCACAGAGAAAGAUAUACCAUCACCUGUGAAUUAUAGGUACAUAAUAACACAUAUCACAAAAGAUGAAAAUAGUAUUUUAACUUGGUGUAAUAAAGUAGGGCUUAUACCUGUACAGGUAAAUUGUGAAUGUGGUUCAAUGAAAGAGAUACAAAUUGCAAAAGAUAAACCACUUGGAUUAAUACGUAAAUGCCCUCAUUGCAAAAUUAGAACUUCUGUUUUAAAGGGUACUUGGUUUGAAAGUAGUCAUUUAUCAAUUGCACAGAUUAUUGAAUUAACUUACAUGUGGAUAUACAAAUUACCUCAGACAUAUGUUCAACAUGAAUUAUCCACUAGCAGCCACCACACAACUGGUGAUUGGUAUAUGUAUUGUAGAGAAGUUUGUGCUGUAGUUUUACAAAAGAAUUCUGAAAAAUUGGGAGGUAGGGGAAAAAUUGUAGAGUUAGGAGAAACAAAAGUAGGAAAGAAAAAAUUUAAUAAGGGAAGGUUAUUAGAAGGCCAAUGGAUUUUGGGAGGAAUUGAACGUGAUUCUCGAAGGAUGUUCGUUGCAUCUGUAAAAGAGCGAAAUAUUAAUACUUUUCUUUCAAUUCUUAAAGAAUGGAUUUACCCAGGAACAACAAUUAUUGCAGAAUGUGCAAAAUCAUACACUCUUCAAAGUGAUGAAAGAUUAAAGCGGUUUAUUGUAAAAUAUAAAAUCAAUUUUAUAGAUCCUUUCACUAGUACUCAUGGUCAGUCAAUGAAUAAUCGAUGGAAACAACGAGAUGUACCAGAUUCGAGAAAGGAAUUCCCAAAUACAUAUUUUUUAGAAUAUAUGUAUAGGGUGAAAUAUAGUAAUAGUGAUGAUCUUUUUCUAACUUUUGUUAAACAUUUAUCAGAAGUUUACCCAGGAAAGUAGAAACCAAUAAUUCAAAAUUUAAAGACAAAAAUUUUGAAAGUAUAUUAAAGUUGAUUUAGUAAAUCUUGUUUUGUUUGCUAUAUAAAAAUAAUUAUAGCAUAAAUACAAAACAAUUAUUUUUUGUUUGAAUUUGGGUUAUGAUAACUUUCAAUCAAAUCUGACCUUGAAUUGGCAAGUUUUUGAUACUGAUAAAUUUCACAUACAUUGAACACAAGAAAUUGAUUGACCUAGAGAUCAAACUUAAUACACCACUGGAAAUGAUACAUUUUAUUUGUUCUUUAAUAUUUUCUCUCAGUUAAAGGAACUUAUUUCAUUGCAGCUUGAUUCUCAAAAUUAAUGUUUGGAUAUAGAAUUUAUUUUAGUUUUAAAACUCAAAAUUUAAAUUUUAUUUAUUUGUUAAAU